AUGGUUGAUCCAGCUUUAAUUCUCUUAUUAUUAGGAGUAUCUAUCUCAUUAUACUUAUCUAAGACUCAUAUAAUAAGUUUUUAUGAUAAAUUUCAAAAAUCAGGGUUUCAAGGAUUGAAAUCAUCAUCAUCCACUCCAUCAACCUCCACCACAAAGGGUAAGCUGGCUUAUGCUAAUGGUAGUGUUGCCGAUGAAGAUGGAAAUAUCAUGCCAAGACCUACACCAUUAAUGAUUACUCCUGAUCAAGUUUCAAAUUAUGAUGAUAGACCUUGGAGACCAUUUAGAUGGCCAUAUCAUCAAACCAUGUCGAUUUUCAAAUUGGAUAUUAAUCAUUGGUUAGAUAUGGAUAAAUAUUAUAUUCAUUAUAUUGAAGAAAAGAAACGUAUUUGGUUGAAAUAUGGUAAGGAGAAUAUUGAUUGGUUACCUGAAGGUUAUGAUGCCAGUUUUGAAUUAAUGGAUGUGGUAAGUAAUCAUUUGAUUGAAAGAUACCCAUUAUUAUUCACGGUUUUAAAAGAUGGGGGUGCUUAUGAUGAUGAUUAUUCUAAAGCUGGUACUGGUAAAAUCAUUAAGAAUGAAUUAACUCAAGAAAUUUUAGAUAUGACAUUACCAUUGAAACAACAUCCAUUAUUAUAUGUUACUAAGUUAGCUAAGGAAGAUUUUUAUUUAGUUAAGAAGAAGCCUGAUGGAUUACAUUAUUUGGUGGCUGCUGCUGUACCAUUUCCAGGAGGAUCAUUUGGGAUUAAUCAUAAGAUUGGUCGUAAUUUAGAUGUUAUUCAUGAAGAUGUACCAUAUUAUAAGGAGAAAUUACAAAAAUCGAUGGAAAGAUGGUUUGCUAGGAUGAGACCUUGUGAUCCUGUUGAAAGAGCUAGUUGGUAUAUUUCUUGGGAUCAUAAAUUAAAAGUUAAUAAUGUUUAUCAAUUACCUAAAUUCAAUCCCAAUGUUGAAGCUAAUAUGAAAUCGACUGAUCCUAAAGAGUUUAAUGUGAGAGUUGAAAGACAAACUUUAAGAAGAUUACCUAAAUCUCAAGCUAUUAUCUUUACUAAUCAUCCAAUUUUCUAUUCGAUUGAAGAAAUGAAAGAUGAACCAUUGAUUCCAUCAUUAAUUAAAAAGAUUAUUUAUGAAGGUCCCCAAGAUAUUAUUAAAUAUAAGAAUUUUGAAUCAUUUAGAGAUCAUAUUCUGGAUUAUCUUGAUGGAUUAAUUAAAAGACAAAUUGAUUUAGGUCUUAUUAAAGAAGAUACACCAUUAAAGACAUUACCAACAUAUCCAUUUGCGCAUUGGGUUAAAGCUGAUUUUGAUUAUAUUAAUGGAGGGUUCAAUAAUCCUAGUGCAUCAUAUGAUAAGAAAGCUAAUUAUGUAGACAAGUAUAAGACUGAAUUAGUUGCUGAAAAUGAUUAG